CGAAGCUCCAGUUAGGGACUUUCGUUACGUUUUGACAGAUUUGUCAACAACAAACAACUAUUUUUUACGUUUAAACUUUCGUUUAUCAUGGAAAUAAUUAGAAUUUAGUACUAGGAGCCAAGCUAUCGCCACAUUCUUUAACAAUACGAUGAAUUUAGAGUUGUUGGAAUCUUUCGGUCAGAACUACCCCGAAGAAUUCGACGGCACGCUCGACUCGCUCUCAAUCGCCGUAACAUGCGCUUUCAACAAACGGGGGACCCUCCUAGCCGUGGGCUGCAAUGACGGCAGGAUCGUAAUUUGGGACUUCCUGACUCGGGGCAUCGCCAAAGUUAUCUCAGCCCAUGUCCACCCGGUUUGCAGCAUCAGUUGGUCGCGCACCGGCUACAAGAUCGCGUCCGCGUCGACGGACAACACCGUCUGCAUCUGGGAUAUACUGUCAGGGGAGUGCGAGCAGAAGUACCGGUUCCCAUGCCCCGUCCUCAAGGUCCAGUUCGAGCCCAGGAGCAUGGAGAGGCUCCUGGUGUGCCCCAUGAGGCACGCGGCGGUUUUGGUCGACACGAACGGGGGCCACAAAGUGCUGCCAAUUGACGAUGAUGGCGACUUGAACAUUUCCGCUUCGUUCGAUAGGAGGGGCGAUUAUGUGUACACGGGUAACGCGAAGGGGAAGGUCCUGGUUUUGGAUUCGCGGACCUUGGAAGUUAAGGCCAGUUUUCGGGUUAUUUUGGGGACUUCGAGCGCGACAGCGGUCAAAAGUAUCGAAUUUGCCAGGAGGGGAGACUGGUUUUUGAUAAAUACAGCCGACCGAGUGAUUCGUGUUUACGACAGUAAGGAGGUCCUAGCGUGUGGGAAAGACGGGGAACCGGAACCCAUCCAAAAGUUGCAAGAUUUGGUCAAUAAGACAAUGUGGAAGAAGUGUUGCUUUUCGGGCGAUGGUGAGUACAUUUGUGCCGGUUCUGCGCGACAACACGCCCUGUAUAUUUGGGAAAAAUCGAUCGGGAAUUUGGUUAAAAUUCUUCAUGGGACCAAAGGAGAGUUGCUUUUGGACGUGGCUUGGCAUCCAGUCCGGCCUAUUAUUGCUAGCAUUUCUUCUGGUGUUGUGAGCGUUUGGGCCCAAAAUCAAGUCGAGAACUGGUCCGCUUUCGCGCCGGACUUUAAAGAGUUGGACGAAAACGUUGAAUAUGAUGAGCGGGAGAGUGAGUUUGAUAUAACUGACGAAGAUAAGUCGGUUGCCAGUGGUGGAGAUGAUAAGGAAGAUACUGAUAUGGAGGUUGAUGUGUGUGCUGUUGAGCCGGUACCGGCUUUUUGUAGUUCAGAUGAGGAAAAUGAAAAUACCGGUUGUCUUCAAUUUUUACCAAUUGCCCCAGAAAUAGAAGAUCCUGAAGAUACGUGGACUCCUGCUGAUACUAAUUUACCUCCAGUGGGACAAGGAAGUGGACCUCCGCCAGCUAAAAAGAAAAAAUACAAGUCGUAUGAUGUUGCACUCGAAAAUACCAGCGAUGCAGAGGUGCACCCAUUGCUCAGCAGCAAGACGAAAGACAAGCAAGUGAUGGGCGGGAAGAAGGCGGCGGGACGGCCCAGGAAAUAACUUUAUAAUUUCUCAUUUAUUACGUUUUAUUUAGAAUCAAUUCUCUUUAUCGUGCUGUCGUAGAAUAAAAAGUAUACUUUCAACAAA